GGAAACAUUGAUUCGCACCCAUUCACCUCAACGCACUCGAGUUCCCCGAGUCCUCGCAGGUGGUCACCAAAACAAUUUGUACCCCAUCAUGCUUCAAUGGACUGGGGGCUUGAGGCGGAAGGUCAAAGAGGUAAUGCCUACCAUCGUGCUCUUGUUUCCGCUUCCCCAACUUACGGCGCUCUUUCGUCGUGCAGAAAUCUCGCCAGGUUCAGAUGAAGAGGUAAUUUUCGUCAUGGUGUACCUCGUCCUUUGUCUGGGAAAAAGGUUAAUAUCAUGUAUAUAUUGCAGGCAACGACAGUUCUUUGAGCAUCAGCGCCAGCAAUCUUGUGAAGGAAGACAACCACUUUCUCUUCCUCACGAGCUUCCAGGAAAGUCUUUGGACAUCAUUAGCCUGCAAGCACUUGAUCAUUCCGGGAACUCACCAGACAAAGUUCCUGAUUCUCCUCAAGGUAAUAUAGCACAGCGUGCUUUGUGCAUUGCUAUUUUGCCUUCGCUGAUUCUCAACUCUUUCAUUAACAUGAACAGGUCAAACUUACGGGUAAGCACGAGAAGAAGGCAUCCUUAUUAAUUUGAGUGGUUCAAAUGCUCAUGCACAAUCUUUCAGUGCUCGUGAAGACGAUGUUGAGCCAAAUCCCAUGCCUUGUCAAAAAGCAAGGGUUGUUUUUCCCAGCAUUCGCGAAGAAGUCGUCCAGCCUUUGGCAAGUCCUCCACUUAUGGGAACCGCUUCUCGAUCUCGCGACCGUUUCCCUGAGCACACCGACGUAGGUUUACUCGAAAAGUCUCGAAGAGGGCCAACUGAAGGUCCUACUGAACCACUGAGGCCUUCCCGAGCACACAGCCUUCGAGGUUUGCUUGACAUCCAACUGGAUGACGUUGAUGCUGUUCCAACAAUUUGCUAAAGCAAUGCCUUGUCUUGUGAAGGCGGUUUCUCCCUUGUGAAGCUGCUGGAAGUGCAAGAUCACGUUAAGAUGGGACACGAUCUGCCAUCAGAACCGUAUGUUUCACUCACGAUGGUUGGUGCUGGAGCAAUAGAUGGGAUGACGCCUCCACAAUCCCCACAAGACCACGCACAGCCAAGGCGCCCCUUUGGAUUGAAGUCAAUUCCAGUGGAACUGAAGAGCGACUUGGGACAUGAGGAGGAGAUCAAGUUUGAUGAUGCGAUACAGCAUGACGAUUGGGAUCAACCCAUAAUUUCACCGAAGUACAGAAUGCUUGAAGAGAACGGUGAGGUAGCUUUUUUGUUUCCUUGUCAUGAGCCAGAAACCUUAUAAAACCUACGCCCCUGUGCAGUAGAGUUUCCAGUUGGCAAUACCCAGAAUGAGCUGAGAGAAAAGUGCUGGUCUCCAUUUCCGCAAGAUGCACCAGUGUCAAGAACAAACCUGGAUUCUCUGAAGUCUCCAUUUCUGGAGGACUUGAAGGUAAACGUCCAGUCUCCUGCUCUAGAAGCACGGGACCUAUGGAACCAGUCCCCGGUAAUGGAAUCAAGGGAGGCGUGGAAUCAUUUGUCCCCGGUAGAAAUGCCGGAGCCAUGGAAGCAGUCUCCCUUCGCCAUGGAAAGGCCAAGGCACUGCAUUCGACCAGGCAAGAGAAUGGAUGGCUGGAUGGACAAUGAAGACGCAGACAAAAUACAUAGGGCCCACUAGUUCUCCUGUGGCGGUUGGUUCAAGAAAAAAGUAUUCAUUGGAGUCCGAAGAUAGUCCGAAGUGUUGGAAGGCAUGCGUGAAGGAGGAUGCUUUGGAAUGGCUUCAAGAUCUCCAGAAGGAUAUACCUUACAAAGAAGCACAACCCAGACGACAAUGACCUGUGCAUGUUAUCUACAUCUGGCAACCAUGGAAUUCAUGGUUCACGUAGUGAAGAACAGGAGUUGCAGACUGUUGGCUCCACAUGUAACGGAGGAUAUACGCAAGCUCCGGCUGAUGAUGAUGAUGAUGAUGAUGAUCGUGAUGAAACUUCUGGGGGGUUUUCAUCUACCUCAGCCGUUGAAUCUCGUAUGUAUGGCCAAUGCAUCGAGGCCGCUGCUGCAGCCACCAUUGGUGUGGUUGCUGUGGUGGAGAAUGGAGUAACGGAUUGUGAAGCACCAUCAAU